AAUGCACGCCAUCUGAACCCAGCUCCUCACCCGUACUCAGCCUUGUCCGUCCGUGCUGGCAGCAGCGGCUGUCAGCAGACAGCACAGCGCUCCCACACCACGGCUCAGAGGUGGAGUUUCUCCUCCUUUGUCUCCUCCCGGAGCGAGCUCUUCAUGACAGAAACCUUCCCAGCAAGCAUCCGGAGCGGGGACGGCGGCUUUGCCCGGGGACAGGGAGGACAGUAGCAUCGGGGACAAGGACACCUGCUCCCCGCCUCUCCCAGGGCACGUGCUGCAGACCAUGGGAAAUGGCAUGAGCAAGGCUGAGCAAAAUCAGAAGCAGGCAGGGACGCUGUGUGAGGCUGCAGCAAGGGCUCAUCCUGACAGCCACCUCCAGCCACUUCUGUUGGGGCAUGCAUGCUUUAAACAGCACUGGUGGGCACGCUCCAAAGUGUAGAGGACAGGAGGUCACAGCAAACCCCUCUGAGGGAGGUAGGAAACUUUUCCAACACCUUUAAAAGAAAGGCACAAGUUCCCAGUCACACGCCAAGGAGCUCUGUUAGACCCAGAGGCUGAUGGUGCCACACCGUGCUUGCUGGCUCAGGGCUCUGCACGGUGCUCAAAACAUCGCUCGAUGGAGGGGACAGGCUCUAUUUUCUGGUUGGUUGAGCUUUUCCUGGGUCACAGGUGAACAGAGACAUCUUCUUUCUGCUUUAAUCAUCCCCUUCAACCUCUAGCCACUCGUUAGCUGGGAAAGUUUUCAGUGUUUCAGGUGGAACUGCAAUGCCCCAUUUUAUUCAGCAAAGAGCGUAUCAGAAAGUUACUGGGGACAAGAAUGUGCCAUUAUUCAUGGCUCAGUGUCCUGCCCUUGGGAGCUGGCCUUGCUAAAUGGCUCUUUUACCAUCUCAUUUUCAGUGCAGUUGCUGAAAGUUACAGGAACCCUGUUGAUAUAAAAUUGAUCUAAAAUGUUAGGAAUCGUAAAAAAAAAAAAACCUCCUAAAGCUGUUAGAACAAUAAAAAUGUUUCCAAACGUGGGCAGUGAAAUAAGUGCAAGCAUAACUGGGUUUGUAGAAAUCACCUCAGCCCACCAAACAUGCAACAGAGAGAAGCUGGAAGUGAACCCAACCACACACAAGUGUGUACAUGCUAUUCAUCCUAAUUCUCCAUUAUGGAAAAGAGGGAAAAUAUAAAAUAACCAAUGGUAGGAACGGAUGCAAGGUAUCUCACUUCUGUAAUCUGGCAUACUGUUCAUAGAGGCAUUGUCAGGUGAUUGCCUUUUCAUCAAAAGAAGUGAAAUUUCUCAAGGCAAAUAAAUUUAAGACACAGUGUCCAUAGCAAUUUGUCCCAGACCUGUUGAAAAUGGACUCCCUGUAGAGCAGAGCAGAGCUGGGGCUGUGGGAGAUCACGGCUGAUUGCUCCUUGCUCUGCCAGCACUGGCCAAGGCUGUCCUGGGUCUUGUCCUCCAGCUUUCCUGGGUACUGCUGCUGCUCCAGGCCUUGAGGCAGCGAGGUGACAGCAGAGAGGUGACUUAGGCACUCAUUUUAAUGGCAGGACUUUUGCUUUUUUGACUAAGGCUGGGCUCACCCUGGCUUGAGUCUCUCGGCAGGCUCUGCUUUCCUCUGCAUCGUGCUGAGACACCGCUGAGCAGCUGUGCUCAUCCCAUACCCCACUGUGCUACCAGCCCUGCGUGCAGGAGCCUGUGUCCGUGCAGCUCUGUCAGGGCAGGAUCAGGUGCAUUGGACACAGCCCUGCCUGCAGCAUGGGGUGGGAUGGAGUCCAGGGGAGGGGAAGCAAGUGGUGAACACUGCUAAGGCAGACACGGUGGCAGGGGAACCCCAGUGCACUGGGUACCAUGGUAUGCGUUCAAUGCUUACAGACUGACAUCUCUCUCUGUGUCCUGCAGAUCCUCCCUGGCCUUUACUUGGGAAACUUCAUUGAUGCCAAAGAUCUGGAGCAGCUAAGCCGGAACAAGAUCACCCACAUCGUGUCAAUCCAUGAAUCUCCCCAGCCCUUGUUGCAGGACAUCACCUACCUCCGCAUUCCCCUGCCAGACACGCCUGAAGCCAGCAUCAAGAAGCACUUCAAGGAAUGCAUCAGUUUUAUCCACCAGUGUCGCCUGCAAGGAGGGAACUGCCUCGUCCACUGCCUGGCUGGGAUCUCCCGCAGCACCACCAUUGUCAUCGCCUACGUCAUGGCCGUCACAGAGAUGAGCUCUCAGGAGGUGCUAGAGGCCAUCAGAAGCGUGCGACCCGUUGCCAACCCCAACCCCGGCUUCAAGCAGCAGCUGGAGGAGUUCAGCGGCAGCGCAGCCCGCAAGAUGCGCAGGCACCUGAAGCAGAGAUAUGGGACAUCUCCCUUCAACGACGAGGAAGAAAUCAAGGCCCUGCUACCAGUGGGGAGAGGAAGAGCAUCCCGAGCAGAGGGAGCUCGGCAAGGACUGGUACCAAGGGCCAGGGACAUCAAGAGCACUGUUCCCUUUCUGCUGCGGGUGAAGAGGACGUUCUCCUGCAUCCCAGCUUGUCUGAAGUGAUCCCAGCCCGGAUCACCUCAUGGCCUGGUAAAGACUAAGGAGCUGCAGCAGCAGGGAAGUGCCGCAUCGCAGAGCCACCAUGAGCCCAGCUCCUUCUCCUCUCUGGGUUCAAGCGUGCCAUCUUCUGUCCUGGCUUUCAGCUAUUGGGGGAGGGAUUCAUUCACACUGCUGUACUCUGCAGGGUCAGCCCAUUAGUGCCUGGUGUGUGAGGACAUCUGGCAGGAGCACAGAUCACAGCUCCCAGGUCACUGUGGCAGAGUGACAGACAGGGCUUCCCAGCACCCGGGUGAUGCUGACAGCAGCUUUAGCACCUCAGCACCAGCUGCAUGGGCCUCAGGGGCACACAAGGUGCAGGAGAUCUCGCUGACUCCUCGGGGCAGUUUUCCCACCAGCAGCAGCAAGCUUCCAGAACCGAGGUGGGUGCGGGGGCACAUUAGCAGCUAAUCGUGCUGUACUGGUGCUCCGGGCCAGCCAAGCACAAGCCUCGAGCAAGCACUGCAGCUUUCAGUGUUCAUUGCACCGCAUUCCCACUGAUCCCAGGGCACAAUCUUUAAACGGUGGGAAAUAAAUGUUUAACCUCACCAGACCUCACUAAA